AUGGAUCCUUUUUCUUUAACCGCUGGCGCCCUCCAAAUAGCUGGCGCUUGCGCACAAUGUACCGUCACCAUCAUCAAAUGGGUCGGAGACGUCCGAUCUGUGGAUGCUCGCAUAUCCUCUUUCUGCGAUGAGGUCGCGGCGCUUCAAGCUACCUACGAAGGGCUUGAACGGAGUUUGCGCUCACCAUUGAUGGCCGAGGCUGCUCGCGUAGCGAAUCAGACUUCCGACGGUGCCCAUCUCUGGGCACAGAUCAAGGAAGCUCUUAAUGACUCCAGCCGGACAAUGAAAAGGGUCAAUGAGGUUCUGACCAAUAUAGCUCGCACUUCAGGGUUUGGUCGUCGCAUCAAAACCCAGCUCCAGGAAUCGCUGGCAUCCGGUGAGCUCUCGCGCCUUCGUCAACGCAUCCAAUUCUUCAACACAGCCCUAUCCCUCCCCAUUCAAAUGGUCUGCGUCAUGCUCCAACUUGAACAGAGAGGUAUGACCGUCGAAAGCCAAGUUGCCCUAGACAGUAAGCUUGUGUCACUCGAAAGGACAAUGCGGCAACUUGUUCAAUCUCUAGCUCUGUCUGCUCGCUCUCAGACUCUAGGUGGUUCCACUAUCGUCGCUGACGAAUCAGGGACCUUGAGUGAGAAGGAGGGUAUGGACACAUAUAUUGCGUUCGCCAAAAGGUUUCUGUCAACUGCGUCUGCUGCUGCCAGCACUAGAUCAUCCCUUAGCACAGUGUCCCAGCCCGUUGAACCAGAUGCGCUGCUCCAAGGUCGGCGGCCAUCGGUACCGGACAAUCCCUUACCUGGUGACCACAGGGCGAGAGUCGCGGACUGGAUCCCUCCACCGUCCACCACCAAAGAGUUCGCGAACAGGAGAAAGCGCCAUGCUGUUCCACCCUUAAUUGACCUGCCCAACACGGUGGUUGGUGAAAAUGAUUUGGAAGUCGAGUUUCUGCGAACGAAGAGGCACCUCAAACUGGGCCAGGAAAGAGUCGAGCAGAACAACCAUUCCGGAGCUGAGACCCACUUUCGCAAAGCUCUUGCACUCAUGGAGAACCAUGACUUUGAAGGAAGAAUAUCCUUUCAGGCAGCUGAAGUGGUGUUAAUGCUGGCAGAAACAUGUCUUAAGCAGGACAAACUUGACGACGCUGUCAGUCUGCUCGAACCAGUGGCAGAUAUGAGUGAUAAUGUUUUCACGACUCUGUCCAAGAGUCAUCCAUCCAAUGAUUCUCGAAACUUAUCCUCCAGAGCUCCAGAUAGGCUGCAAGCACUAGCUGCAAGUCAUAUGCUUGCGCAGGUCUUUUUGCUAAAAACGGAUUAUGACUCUGCUGAGGAGCACGCAUUGAAGGCAUUUACCGACCGCAGAAGAGAGCUUGGUCCAACCGAUCAGAAAACGAUCGAAUCAGUCCAGUUGGUAAUAGAUGUUUACAGGGCUCAAGGUGAUGAGGAGGAAGCUGAAGGUUAUGAAGUCUUUCUGUCCCCUCCCGAAAAGACACAUUCUGUUACCAGCCCGGUCCAAAUCGUGAUUCCAGACGAAACCCCACGCUCAAUACCAGUGGCCGCUUCAUCAGAAGCCAUUCCAUCCCACCGUAACCACCGUAACAGCAGAUCAAGUUUUGCACACAAGCUUCGAAACUUUGGCAGGUCAUCGCAGUCGAGUUUAGCACAAUCGCCACCCCUCACAGAUCUCCAUCGACUGUCCAUAUCCCGGUCAACGACUUUGAAUGACCCCUUGGAGGUCGAUCCAUUUGGUGGCCGCACUGAUGUCAUUCGAGGUCUCAGCUCCCCUUCAGAAUCAUCCACCCAUGAUAUAAGUCUGUCGAUCAAUGAUGAUGACUCAGUAACACCCUCUUCUAUCGCAAGAUUGGAAAGGUUGAGUUCGAGUAGAUCCAUUGAACCGACCUUCCUUGCAGUCUCCCAGCUUUGCCUCGAGAGAAAAUACGACAAGGCCGUGAAAGUAGCCAUGGCAUUUCUGGACACUUAUCAAUCACAUGUUAUGAUCGUUCGGAGGCCCGAGAUCGAAAGAAACCUCCGUAAAGGCGUGGGAGGCGGUCUAGCAAGCACUGGGCGAGGGUACGGCCCCAUCCAUUUCUUCUGCGAUCUGAAAGAGGAGCAUGCGGAGGAGGUGAAUCUAUUGAUCAAGCAGGGAGUUGAUGUCAACGCGGUGGCAUUUCUCCCAGGGUAUACCGCUAGCAGUCCACGAGGUGCCUUUACCCCCUUGCAGCAGGCAGUGGAACGGGGUUACCCAACUAUAACCAGGUUACUGCUCGCAACACCUGGCAUACGGACAGACGUCAGAGAUAGUGACGGAAUGACUCCGUUGAUGGUCGCGUGUCGAAAAGGGCACUACAAUAUUGUGAAACAAUUACUGGCAUACCCUCUCCCGACCACGUUUCCGCAGACAUGGUAUGGCAGCUGCCUCAUGCACGAUGCCGCACGGAGAUGCGACUUUCAAUUGGUUGAAAUACUCCUUGAAAUCACGACGGAUCUCGAUUCCCGGGAUCGGUUUGGAAAAACCGCACUGAUGCAUGCAAUCGUGAAAACCGAUAUCAGCGAUAAGCUUGAACGAGAGAGGCGCAUUGUCGGGCGAUUGAAGACGGUGCAACUCCUUCUAGAGGCCGGAGCUGACCCGACCAUUCAGGAUAACUUGACUGGGCUCUCGGUACGGGACUAUACCACAAGGGAGGGGGAUAAUGACCUGAUGAGCCUCCUGGACCAGAUACCCAGAAGAGGUGUGAGUGAGCUUCUGGCCUAA